UUCUUGCCGGCCCAAAUGGCCGAACCUUAGUCUAGAAGUCAAUCCCGCCGGCCCGGUCCGUUGACAUCUUCGCUGGGAUCUCGUGGUCGUUCUCCUAUUCGGAGGAUGGCCGGAACGGAAGCCGCUCGUGUUGACCUGGCCCGUGAAUUCUGGGCACCGCGUUGGCCCCGACAAAAAUAGCGACAGAAACGGAAAAAUAAGGCGGAAGACAUCCGGCCAGUUCGAUCCUUCAUUCGCUCCAUUCUCUCUCCGUUCCCUUCCGCUGAGCGCCGAGAGAAGAAAGAAAGAGAGAGAAGGGAAAAGAAAGGGGAAGAGAAAGGGAUGGAGCAUCUUCUGGGUCUGAUCCGCGUGCGCGUGGUGAGAGGGGUGAACCUCGCCUACCGUGACACCAGGGGCAGCGAUCCCUACAUCGUCCUUCGUAUGGGCCGCCAGAAAUUGAAGACCAGUGUAAAAAAGAAGAAUGUCAAUCCAGAAUGGAACGAAGACUUAACUCUUUCUGUUUCAGAUCCUACUCAAACGAUUAGGCUUGAAGUCUUUGACAAGGACAUAUUCAGCCGAGAUGAUAGAAUGGGUGAUGCAGAGUUUGAAAUGCAGUCAUUUUUAGAGGCUGUAAGGAUGGAUUUGUCCGGUCUUCCAAGUGGUACAAUAAUCACCACAGUGAAACCUGAGAGGACUAACUGCCUAGCCGGUGAGAGCCCCAUUGUGUGGAAAGACGGCAGAAUUACCCAAGAUCUUGUUCUUAGGCUGAGAAAUGUGGAGAGUGGUGAAGUGGAACUGCAACUGCAAUGGGUUAGCAUUCCUGGUGCUGCAGGCUUAUAGGGCAUGCUAUGAUACUGUUCGCAUAUAUGUGGCACGAAGCACGACCAGAUACAAACCUCCUACUUCCAUUGCUUCAGGUUUUAUACAAAUUAUGGUACAGUGUGCUUGCUGAUGCGUAUAUGAUCUCUGACUUCAAGCAGCACCUUAUUCAGGCCAGCUAUCCAAACUUCUUAUUAUUAAGAUUGCAAGGCCAGCUCACCAUUGAAUCUACAAAAUAAAUACACCUCAGCUCUUUUUUUCUAUGGUUAUGAUUCUCAUAAUAGUUCCAUUUUAGUUCUUUGUGUUGUAGAGAUAUAGCCUUUCAGUUUCUCGCCCUAUAUAAUUUUCAUUUGACUUUACAUACCAAAAAUUGUAUGGAAAACAGAGAGGCGGGCUGUAGGAGGUGAAUAAUUUGGAACUAUGGAUCGGUAACUAUCGGGCACCCACAGGAUUAGAAACAUCUGGAUAUGAAAUGUCUCUUUUUGAUAAAGCUGAUCCUUUGAAGCCUA